AUGCCUGGCUUCUUGGACAGCAUUGCCACCAUCAUUGGCCUCUUCCACAAGCAUGCCAAGGAAGAUGGAGGCUGCUCCAGCCUCAGCAGGAGGAGGAUGAAGGAGCUCAUCGAGGAGGAGUUUGCAGAUGUCAUAGCUAAGCCACAGGACCCUCAGACAGUUGAGAAGAUUCUGCAGUUCCUGGAGUGGGAGGGGGAUGGGAAAAUCGACUUCACCGAGUACCUGCUCUUGGUGUUCAAAGUGGCCAGGGCCUGCUACUGGUACCUGCCCAAGGGCCCAACCCUGCUGCAAAGAACCAAGCUGACAGCCCCCAGCAAGUCCCUCCAGGAAGCUGAAAUCAAGAGCAGGGGCAGCCGUCGGCAGCUCCAGGAGGAAGAAGAAGGAACCCAGGAGAGCAACCACCCCCGGGGCGAAGCGGAGCUGCAACGAGGCACCAGGGUCAACGAGCUGGAGAGGCUUGAGGCAAGCAGGGGACAGCGCCAGCGACGGAACCAAGGCGGCAGAGACGACACCGAGCGAAGCAACGAGCAGGAGGAGCUCCGAGAGGAACGCAGCCGGCAGCCCCCGGAGGCAGCCAGGGGAGAGGCAGAGCUCAGCAGGCACAGCAGCAGAGCUGGGCUGCGGGCAGAGGAGAGGCGACAGCGAGAGAGGGCUGGUCCGGAGGAGCUGGGAGACGUGAGGAGGUGCAGCCGGGGCUGCGAACCUCAACCACGGCCGGACCGGUGGGGUGGCCAUGGGCCACAGGAGCUGGCGUGGCCGGCACAGCAUCAAAGAAGCCAAUGGCCACAAGAAGCAGAUAGAAGAAGGUCCAACCAGCCACGUAGAGAGCAGAGAAGCCGCUACCUGCUACGUGAGCCGGACCAAAGAGCAGCCGAAGGCAGCAGCCGGGAGCCCGAGAGCCUGGCCCGGGGACGCCCGCACCAGGCACGCCUGGAGGAGCCGCUAGGGUUCGACCGCAGCUGCUGCGAGCCGCAGAGGCAAGUCCCGGAGCAGGAGGAGAUCCAGCAACAGGAGGCUGACUACGAGGAAAGCGAGAGAGAAAUCCGGGAGGAUCAGGAGUGGGAGGAACGAGCUGAUGGAAGGAGGAGGGACGGGAGGAGGAACAGGGAACGGGAGCUGGACCUGGAGGGCUACGAGCGCCGCAGCCGGGAGACAGAACAGAGGGAAGAGCAACGAUCCAGGAGAGAGAAAGGAGAUGGAGAAAGGAGGCAACGAGAGUCAGAGAGGUACGAGAGGAGACGAGAGGCUGAGAGGGCAGCAGCUGAAGCUGAUGUGAGGAUCCACCGUGAAUCCCGGCAGCUGGAGCCCGUUGAGGAGGUCGUGGAAAGGAGAGACCGUGCCCGUGUCCGGGAAGAUCUAGAGGAUGAGAGGAGGAUCAGAGUGGACCGAGAGAGAUCAGAGCCUGUGCGGGAGAGGAGAGUCGACCGGGAUGGGGAGCUGGUCCUGGAGGGCUACGAACGCCAGGUCCGAGAGAGGCGAGAAAGGGAAGAGCAACGAUCCAGGACAGUCCAAAGAGACAGAAGGGAGCCUGAAGAUGGUGAAAGGAGGCAACGAGAGUCAGAGAGGUACGAGAGGAGACGAGAGGCUGAGAGAGCAGCAGCUGAAGCUGAUGUCAAGAUCCAUCGAGAGUCCCAGCAGCUGGAGCCAGUUGAGGAGGUCGUGGAAAGGAGAGACCGUGCCCGUGUCCGGGAAGAUCUAGAGGAGGACAGGAGGCUCAGAGUGGACCGAGACAGAUCAGAGCCUCUGGAGCCAGUUGAGGAAGUCGUGGAAAGGAGAGACCGUGUCCGGGAAGAUCUAGAGGAGGAGAGGAGGAUCAGAGUGGACCGAGAGAGAUCAGAGCCUGUGCGGGAGAGGAGAAUCGACAGGCAACGGGAGCUGGACCUGGAGGGCUACGAACGCAGCAUCCGGGAGACACAGGAGAGGGAAGAGCAACGAUCCAGGGCCGUCCAGAGAGACAGAAGGGAGCCUGAAGAUGGUGAAAGGAGACAGCGAGAGUCAGAGAGGUACGAGAGGAGACGAGAGGCUGAGAGAGCAGCAGCUGAAGCUGAUGUGAGGAUCCACCGUGAAUCCCGGCAGCUGGAGCCAGUUGAGGAGGUCGUGGAAAGGAGAGACCGUGCCCGUGUCCGGGAAGGUCUGGAGGAUGAGAGGAGGAUCAGAGUGGACCGAGAGAGAUCAGAGCCUGUGCGGGAGAGGAGAAUCGACCAGGAACGGGAGCUAGAGCUGCAGGGCUAUGAGCGCCGCAUCCGAGAGACACAGGAGAGAGAAGAACGAUCCAGGAGAGAGAGAGGAGAUGGAGAAAGGAGACAGCGAGAGUCAGAGAGGUACGAGAGGAGACGAGAGGCUGAGAGAGCAGCAGCUGAAGCUGAUGUCAAAAUCCAACAGGAAUACAGAGAGUUGGAGCCAGAUGAUGUCGUGGAAAGGAGGGAGCGUGCCCGUGUCCGGGAAGAUCUAGAGGAGGAGAGGAGGAUCAGAGUGGACCGAGAGAGGGCAGAGCCUGUGCGGGAGAGGAGAAUCGACCGGGAUGGGGAGCUGGUCCUGGAGGGCUACGAACGCCAGGUCCGAGAGAGGCGAGAAAGGGAAGAGCAACGAUCCAGGACAGUCCAAAGAGACAGAAGGGAGCCUGAAGAUGGUGAAAGGAGGCAACGAGAGUCAGAGAGGUACGAGAGGAGACGAGAGGCUGAGAGAGCAGCAGCUGAAGCUGAUGUCAAGAUCUAUCGAGAGUCCCGGGAUGUGGAGCCAGUUGAGGAGGUCGUGGAAAGGAGAGACCGUGCCCGUGUCCGGGAAGGUCUAGAGGAGGAGAGGAGGAUCAGAGUGGACCGAGAGAGAUCAGAGCCUCUGGAGCCAGUUGAGGAGGUCGUGGAAAGGAGAGACCGUGUCCGGGAAGAUCUAGAGGAGGAGAGGAGGAUCAGAGUGGACCGAGAGAGAUCAGAGCCUGUGCGGGAGAGGAGAGUCGACCGGGAUGGGGAGCUGGUCCUGGAGGGCUAUGAACGCCGCACCCGGGAGACACAGGAGAGGGAAGAGCAACGAUCCAGGGCCGUCCAAAGAGACAGAAGGGAGCCUGAAGAUGGUGAAAGGAGGCAACGAGAGUCAGAGAGGUACGAGAGGAGACGAGAGGAUGAGAGAGCAGCAGCUAAAGCUGAUGUCAAGAUCUAUCGAGAGUCCCAGCAGCUGGAACCUGUUGAGGAAGUCGUGGAAAGGAGAGACCGUGCCCGUGUCCGGGAAGAUCUGGAGGAUGAGAGGAGGAUCAGAGUGGACCGAGAGAGAUCAGAGCCUGUGCGGGAGAGGAGAAUAGACAGGGAUGGGGAGCUGGUCCUGGAGGGCUACGAGCGCCAGGUCCGAGAGAGGCGAGAAAGGGAAGAGCAACGAUCCAGGACAGUUCAAAGAGACAGAAGGGAGCCUGAAGAUGGUGAAAGGAGACAGCGAGAGUCAGAGAGGUACGAGAGGAGACGAGAGGCUGAGAGAGCAGCAGCUGAAGCUGAUGUCAAGAUCCAACAGGAAUACAGAGAGUUGGAGCCAGAUGAUGUCGUGGAAAGGAGGGAGCGUGCCCGUGUCCGGGAAGGUCUAGAGGAGGAGAGGAGGAUCAGAGUGGACCGAGAGAGGGCAGAGCCUGUGCGGGAGAGGAGAAUAGACCGGGAUGGGGAGCUGGUCCUGGAGGGCUAUGAGCGCCAGGUCCGAGAGAAGCGAGAAAGGGAAGAGCAACGAUCCAGGACCGUCCAGGGAGACAGAAGGGAGCCUGAAGAUGGUGAAAGGAGGCAACGAGAGUCAGAGAGGUACGAGAGGAGACGAGAGGCUGAGAGAGCAGCAGCUGAAGCUGAUGUCAAAAUCUAUCGCGAGACCCAGCAGCUGGAUCCAGUUGAGGAGGCUGUGGAAAGGAGGGAGCGUGCCCGUGUCCGGGAAGAUCUGGAGGAUGAGAAGAGGAUCAGAGUGGACCGAGACAGAUCAGAGCCUGUGCGGGAGAGGAGAGUCGACCGGCAAGAGGAGCUGGACCUGGAGGGCUACGAACGCCGCACCCGGGAGACACAGGAGAGGGAAGAGCAACGAUCCAGGGCCGUCCAAAGAGACAGAAGGGAGCCUGAAGAUGGUGAAAGGAGGCAACAAGAGUCAGAGAGGUACGAGAGGAGACGAGAGGCUGAGAGAGCAGCAGCUGAAGCUGAUGUCAAGAUCCAACAGGAAUACAGAGAGUUGGAGCCAGAUGAUGUCGUGGAAAGGAGGGAGCGUGCCCGUGUCCGGGAAGAUCUAGAGGAGGAGAGGAGGAUCAGAGUGGACCGAGAGAGAUCAGAGCCUGUGCGGGAGAGGAGAGUCGACCGGGAUGGGGAGCUGGUCCUGGAGGGCUACGAACGCCAGGUCCGAGAGAGGCGAGAAAGGGAAGAGCAACGAUCCAGAACAGUCCAAAGAGACAGAAGGGAGCCUGAAGAUGGUGAAAGGAGGCAACGAGAGUCAGAGAGGUACGAGAGGAGACGAGAGGCUGAGAGAGCAGCAGCUGAAGCUGAUGUCAAGAUCUAUCGAGAGUCCCGGGAUGUGGAGCCAGUUGAGGAGGUCGUGGAAAGGAGGGAGCGUGCCCGUGUCCGGAAAGGUCUAGAGGAGGAGAGGAGGAUCAGAGUGGACCGAGAGAGAUCAGAGCCUGUGCGGGAGAGGAGAAUCGACCAGGAACGGGAGCUGGACCUGGAGGGCUACGAACGCCGCAGCCGGGAGACACAGGAGAGGGAAGAACAACGAUCCAGGACCGUCCAGAGAGACAGACGUGAGUCUGAAGAUGGUGAAAGGAGACAGCGAGAGUCAGAGAGGUACGAGAGGAGACGAGAGGCUGAGAGGGCAGCAGCUGAAGCUGAUGUCAAGAUCUAUCGAGAGUCCCGGGAUGUGGAGCCAGUUGAGGAGGUCGUGGAAAGGAGAGACCGUGCCCGUGUCCGGGAAGGUCUAGAGGAGGAGAGAAGGAUCAGAGUGGACCGAGAGAGGGCAGAGCCUCUGGAGCCAGUUGAGGAAGUCGUGGGAAGGAGAGACCGUGCCCGUGUCCGGGAAGAGCUAGAGGAGGAGAGGAGGAUCAGAGUGGACCGAGAGAGAUCAGAGCCUGUGCGGGAGAGGAGAGUCGACCGGGAAAGGGAGCUGGUCCUGGAGGGCUACGAACGCCAGGUCCGAGAGAGGCGAGAAAGGGAAGAGCAACGAUCCAGGACAGUCCAAAGAGACAGAAGGGAGCCUGAAGAUGGUGAAAGGAGGCAACGAGAGUCAGAGAGGUACGAGAGGAGACGAGAGGCUGAGCGAGCAGCAGCUGAAGCUGAUGUCAAGAUCUAUCGAGAGUCCCAGCAGCUGGAGCCAGUUGAGGAAGUCGUGGAAAGGAGAGACCGUGCCCGUGUCCGGGAAGAUCUAGAGGAGGAGAGAAGGAUCAGAGUGGACCGAGAGAGAUCAGAGCCUGUGCGGGAGAGGAGAAUCGAUCGGGAACGGGAGCUGGUGAUUGCUGAGAGCCAAAGACGAGAGAGAAGUGAAAGAGAAGAGCCACGAUCCAGGACCAUCCAGAGGGACUCCCGUGAGAGCAGCAGGCUCCAGAUCAUCGAGGAAGAGCAGGAGGUUGACCUCGUCCAGCGCCGUCCGGCAGCUGAGUUACGACGUGAAGUGUCUGAGGUCCCUGCCGCUGAGCCCCCAGCAGAGGAGGGGCAGAGGAGCCGCAGGCUUCUCCGCGGGGAAGAAGCACCCGAGGCGGACAGCAGCCGGAUCCGUGAGGAUGGAGAACGACGACGUGAGAGGAGCCUCUACCAAACCGUGGAUGUGGACACCAGGGACCUCUCCCUGCCGGGGGAGCAGGCACCCAUCAGCGACCUGCGGGUCCGUUACAUCCCCGCCGAGCCUGACGUGCAGCCGGAGGUGAAGGUCCUGCCCCAGCCCUGCGACCCUCAGACCGUUGCCUACCUGGUCCACGUCAUCCAGAACGUGAAUGAUCCUGAAGCCACCACCUACGAGAUCGUUUGCCACCACCCCCACGACCCGGAGCAGCCUCUCUACGUGAAGAAGUGCCAGGUGUCAGCCAAGCCACCAGCAGCUCCCUGCGAUGCCGACCACCCCCCGGAGCCACAGCCCCAAAGGGAUGAGGGAGAAACGGAGGAGCCAGAGGACCUCCCGGCUGCCAGCUCCCGGCAGAACCCAGAGGAUCUCGAAGGGCCGCAGGAGAGAACCGAAAGAGGGGUGAAGGAAGGGGCUCCCCGGGCCUCUGCCGCCGAGCUGGGCGCUGUUAAGGGUGACCCUGGCCGGGCGAAGACCAAGGAGGACCGGAGGGACAGUCAGCGCCCCAAGGUGCCCAGCGCAGAGGAGAAGCAGCAGCCCCAGGGAGAUGGAUCGAAGGCUGCCAGGGAGAGGGAGCGUGAGGACAGGGAGGCCAAGGGCUGCCCACCUCCGCCCCAGGCUGCAGGGCCACGGGAAGCCGGCGAGCAGGGCCGGAGAGCUGCCGACGAGAGCCGAGCUCAGCCGCCGCGGCGGGACGGAGCCGGCCGCGGCCGAGAGGGUGCUGAGCUUCCUCCGGCCGAGAGGAGCAAGCAGGCAGCGCAGGAGAGCGGCAGGAGGAGCCCCCGGGCAGACAGCGAUGCUCAGCGGGAGGAGGAGCCCCGGCCGGGCACCAAGCUGAGCCAGGGCCCCUCCGGCACCCCGCAGGAGGCACCGAGCCGUGCGACCAAGGAUGCAGCCAAAGCUUCUUGA